CGUAACCCCUUAAAUACAUUAGAUAUCUUUUGAAGUUAACUUUUUCUGCAAAGAGAUGGCAGUCAAAGUUUCCUAUCUAUUGUUUCUGUUAGUUGCGAAAUGUUUCGGAAAACCUAGUCCAGAGGAUAGUUUUCCGGCAACAACAACGGAACCAACUCCUACCGAGCAGUUUGGUAACGUCUGGAAGUUAGACGUACAAGGGAACUACUGGUUGUUUUGGAAAACGAACGCAACACACGUUAUUUUCGAGACACACGUGAAGACUAAAGGAUAUGUUGGUUUUGGGCUAUCGUCUAAUGGUAAAAUGUUUCCUUCUGAUGUUGUUAUCGGAUGGAUCGACAGCAAUGGAACAACACACUUUAAGGAUUGUCACACUGAAGGACACUACGCACCGAUUAUUGAUGCUAGUCAGGACUGGUUUUUGUUACUCGGCAAAGAGAAUAAUUUUGGAACAGUUUUAAAAUUUAUUAGAAAGUUGGAUACGUGUGAUGAUAAUGACUAUCUUAUAACGGAAAGUACUGUCAAAGUAAUCUACUCUUACCAUCCUGAUGAUCCUGCAUCGUUUAGUUCCCUAUCAUGGCAUGGUGCAGAAAGACGAGGGGCCAAAAGUUUGAUGUUGCUGUCAUCGGUAAAAGCAAAUGAAUAUGUUCCACCCUCUGAUGCAGAACAGUUUGAUAUGCUUCAUCAUAAUUUCCAUGUACCAGCAAAGGAAACGACUUAUCAAUGUACAGUUUUUAAAGUCCCGCACAAACCACAGAAGUAUCAUAUGAUCAGGUAUGAACCAAUAAUAUCACCAGGUAAUGAAGACUACGUUCAUCAUAUUUUGGUAUAUAACUGUCCAACCGCUACAGAUGCCGAUAAUGGAAAGGUAUUUGAUUGCUAUGGACAUCGACCUAGACAUCUAGACUGUAGUGACGUGGUGAUUGCCUGGGCUGUUGGUGGUGUAGCAUUUGAUUUCCCAUCGAACGCUGGAUACUCUUUCAUGACACCCGGUGACCCACAGUAUCUUAUAAUGGAAACUCACUUUAAUAAUCCAACACUGAAGUCGGGUAUUAUUGAUAGUUCCGGUAUAAGGAUUACUGCUACGCACACAAUACGUCAGCAUGACGCCGGAGUUUUGCAAGCAGGUGCUAUUGUUAAUAAACUUCAAUUUGUUCCUCCACAUGAGAAAGACUUUUUAUCAAGACAUUCAUGUAGUCAACAGUGUUUACAAAAGGCUUUGGUGACACAACAAAACAGUAUGAAAGCUUUUGCAACAAUUCUUCAUUCCCAUUUACUUGGUUCGAGUAUUGUUGCUCAUCAUAUUCGUGGUGACGUAGAAUUGGAACCUUUGGCACAGGACCUAUCUUAUGACUUUAACUACCAAGAUACGAGAGUUUUUCCAAAGGAGAGAGAAAUUAAAUAUGGCGAUAGUUUAACCAUUGACUGCCAUUAUGAUUCAACAGGAAGAACCAAACCGACAUUGGGAGGAUUGUCAACUGCAGAAGAGAUGUGUUUAGCCUUUAUCUAUUACUAUCCAAAAACUGAAAUAAGCAACUGUCUUAGUUCGCCAUUGUAUGAUCAAAUCGGUUCAAACCCUUACCAUAAUGUUGAUACGAUGUAUAGUUGGAACUGGCAGAACCAGGAUGUUAAGAACAAAUUCAAAGACAUUUUGAAUAAGACCAAUGUAUACCAUAAAUGUAGUAGUCACACACAUCGAGAAAGCACACAUUAUCAAGAGAAUGUAUACCGUGUUCCGGAACCAAAAACUACAUACACACCACCUCCUAGACAGUGCCCUGGGAGCCAGUAAAUGAACAGAAUUCAUUUUAUUUCACGCAAAUUAGCAAUACUAGUCUUAUCCUUUUAUGGAUUUA